AUCAUAAUUACAGUAAACUAGUAAAUCCAGUAAAGGAAAAACUUGAGACUGAAAGGUUUUAACAGUCAUCCAAAUGACUGAACGUAAGCAUUGCUACAGUAACAUACCAGCUAUGAUGUUGUUGACAUUAGCUAGUCAACAAUAGCUACUACAGAAGAACAAAGAGGUUACAAUGGGUUAUUUUAGCCUAUUUGGUUACACACUCGCCGCCACAGAAUGUUAACAGCAAUGUAAUGCCUUUUCUGGCUAAUUUUAUUCGUCUUACCUCCAACAAAGUGGUCACUACACAAGCGUUGGUAUGCCAAGGGCUGCCAAUCUUUCCCGUUAAUGGCCGCUGUCCAUCUUCUCCGUCGGGAUCCGAUAAAAUGAUAACCCUUGCCUUGUUUGUUGACGGUUACUACAUCCAGGUGCACAACAAUAUAGUGGCAUGAUGGAAGUCUUGCUGAAAGUAAAAACUUUCUUUGCUGCCGUUCCUCAAUGUUGGCUGUGGUAAACUACUGGUAGUACACGUCCAAAAUGGCGGCCGCGUUUGUCGUGACGUCACGUGAAAAGGGUCCAUCCCCCCAUCGCGCUCCUGACCGCGCUCUGACUUUUCUAACCACUAGCACAGUGAGCUGUGUUAAUGUUUCCCUUCUCUGCAGAAGACACGUCAUUUUUGCGAUUAAAAAAAGAGAUGCAUUGGGUUGUUUGUGUCGUUUCCCUGCCUGUACGAUAGCGCUCAUUUAGGCUGGUUGUUUUCUUGUUUUUAAAAUGAAACAAAUGUCGAUUUAUUGUAUUCUUCCCCAGCAAGCUUAGGAACAUCACUGCUCGAAUAUCUGCUAAACUAUCAUUUUAAUGAGAGCACGGGUAGACAAACUAACAUUUAAACAUAACUUCGUUUUAUUUAAGACCUUCCGUGUCAGGUUCCAGGCUCCGCCGAGCCGAGGCUCUUGCCGGCUUCUGAUCACUUCCCUGGGAGAAAUGUUUCCCGACUUCAGAACUUUGGCUGAAGUGGUGCUGGUUAUUCCAGUCUCCAGUGUCGCAGCAGAGCGCGGGUUCAGCCUUCAGAAUAAAAUUAAAACGUCAAUGAGAAGUCGUCUGUCCGAGGCAAAGACGCAAAAUUUAAUGACAAUUGCCUCGGCAGCAGUCUCCAUUGACGACUUGGAUUAUGCACAAGCGAGCUGCCAAUUUAAAUCCAUGCGGGCCAGAAGGAAGGUUUGAGCUCACGCAAACAAGUCAAAUUAGAUUGUCACUUAAAUCGUUGUAGUGGACUGUUCAUAUUUUAACUGCAAUUGUCUUGCUACGUUGUAAAAUAACAUUGUUCAUAUGCUCGUUAAGGCACAACAGCCGCAAUGUUUUUAGCGGAGGGAAAAUGGGUUCACAAGUGACCGAACGUCAGAAUCUCUGUUCAUCUUUUUGCAUCAUAAAUACAUAAAUAAAUGAUUAAAUAAUACAAGCUUGUUCUGUGAAUUAAUUUUUAAAUGAAAAUGAGUCCAUGAAAAAACAAGUUAUUUAAAUAUAUAGCAUUUAUAGCCUAUAUACAUUGUCAUUUAAAAGUUAAAAUAAAAUGACAGAUAAUAAUGGACAAUGACGGAAUUUUUACGACCCUGUCCGUCAAAAUGACGGACAAUGAAAAAGUCUAACGCAACCACUGGUUAACAGUGAUAGGAAUAACGGUGUUAGAAAUAAACGGCGUUACUAACGGCGUUACUUUUUUUAGUAACGAGUAAUCUAACUAAUUACUUUUUACAUCGUUAUAACGCCGUUCCCGUUACUUACAAUAAAAUACUAUGCGUUACUUUAUUAAAGCUGUUCUCAUCUGGCACGCUGCUCGCUCAGGCUUUCUUGCUUUCUUUACUCUGCUUUAGUGUGGGGCGGGGAGACGCGAGACAACGGCACAGUAAGCCAAUCAGAGUAGAUUUGGACAACAUACGUAGGUAGGCCACGCCUACUGCACUACUGUGCGCUCUUUCAAUCAGAAGACACAGCGAUGGCGAGCGGUCAGCCCAACACUGCGCUUUCACACUGGAAAUACAGCCAUUACUUUUCAUUACUUGAAAUAAAAGUUGGUUUUGAGUUCUGGAAGCAGCUGUGUGCUGAGCAUGGCAUCAGCCCAGAGGGCAUCGUGGAGGAAUUUGCCACCGAGGGCACGGACCGGAAAGAUGUGUUCUUCUACCAGGCGGACGACGAGCACUACAUCCCCCGAGCCGUGCUCCUGGACCUGGAACCUCGAGUCAUCCAUACCAUCCUGAACUCACCCUACGCUAACCUGUACAACCCCGAGAACAUCUACCUGUCGGAGCACGGAGGAGGAGCAGGAAAUAACUGGGCCAGCGGCUUCUCUCAGGGGGAGAAGAUUCACGAAGACAUCUUUGACAUCAUUGAUCGAGAAGCAGAUGGCAGUGACAGUCUGGAGGGAUUUGUACUGUGUCACUCCAUCGCUGGAGGCACAGGGUCUGGUCUCGGCUCUUACCUGUUGGAAAAACUCAACGACAGAUAUCCUAAGAAGCUGGUGCAGACGUACUCUGUGUUUCCGAACCAGGAUGAGAUGAGUGAUGUGGUGGUGCAGCCCUACAACUCUCUGCUCACCCUCAAGAGACUGACGCAGAAUGCUGACUGCGUGGUGGUGCUGGAUAACACGGCUCUCAACAGGAUUGCCACAGACAGACUGCACAUCCAGAACCCUUCGUUCUCUCAGAUCAACCAACUGGUCUCCACCAUCAUGUCUGCCAGCACAACAACGCUGCGUUACCCUGGAUACAUGAACAACGAUCUGAUCGGUCUGAUUGCGUCGCUCAUCCCCACUCCCCGCCUCCACUUCCUCAUGACUGGUUACACACCGCUGACCACUGAUCAGUCUGUAGCGAGUGUGAGGAAGACGACGGUCCUGGAUGUGAUGCGGAGACUCCUGCAGCCCAAGAACGUCAUGGUGUCCACGGGCCGAGACCGACAGACCAACCACUGUUACAUCGCCAUCCUCAAUAUCAUUCAGGGAGAGGUGGAUCCUACACAGGUCCACAAGAGCCUCCAGAGAAUCCGAGAGAGGAAGUUGGCUAAUUUUAUCCCAUGGGGUCCUGCUAGCAUUCAGGUAGCACUCUCGCGCAAGUCCCCGUACCUUCCGUCAGCUCACCGCGUCAGCGGCCUCAUGAUGGCCAAUCACACCAGCAUCUCCUCGCUGUUUGAGAGAACGUGCCGUCAGUACGACAAGUUACGCAAGCGUGAGGCUUUCCUCGAGCAGUUUCGGAAGGAGGACAUGUUUAAGGACAAUUUCGAUGAGCUGGAUGACUCGCGCGAGGUGGUGCAGCACCUGAUCGAUGAGUACAGCGCCGCUACACGGCCCGACUACAUCUCCUGGGGCGCACAGGAACAGUAACACACAUACACACUCUGAGGCCCUGGACUCAGUUGUUUAUCUACAUUUAAUUGUUGGAGUGUGUGAACAAGAUGUGUAUACACGUAUAUCAGUAUCUCUGUGUGUGUGUGUCUCUCUAUCUCUCUCUCUCUCUCUCUCUGUCUCACUUGUUCUCUUGUGUGUAUGUGUCUGUCUUGCUCUCGCUCACUUGCUCUGUGUGUCUUUCUCUUGUUAAAGCCUUUAUCCAUCGUACCUUCAUUUCACCCCAUGUACACGGUCACGACCACACGCGCGCAUACAGAGUCCUGAGUAAGCAGAUAAGGCAGGAUGAUCUCACAGGGACGGUGGUCUGAAAGCACUUCUCUAGAAAAAAAAAACAGGGACGAAAGGGUGGAGUGGAAAAAUGAUAAGCCUGACUGAGAGAAAAGGGCAAAGAUAGAAAAGAUCCACAUGCACUUUGCCUGUUUUUCUCUCCUUGAUGAAGUAAUGCUGUGGUUUUCUGUUGUUUUUUUUUCCUCCUUUUUUCUUUUUUUUUUUAGGGAUUGUUUGUUUAAUUACCAUUUAACUUCAGAGCUUUUAAGAAGACAUUUAAUCUCACUGAUCAUCAGGAAUUAAACCACAUCCAUCUUUAUCGCCUCAGUGGUUUCCAGAAGACGAUCAGAUCUUGGAGAGAAUCCAUUAAAAUCAGUUCUUUAGUAUUUAUAAUCCCGAGGCCAUGCACUCGUCAUGAGAGCUGAUCUGAGAAUAGUGUGUGUGUUAAUAAAUCCUGCAUAUUUCAGUGUUUAAUCCCUUUGAACACACACACUGCAGCUCAGGAAUGAGCUGAUUAGUUGAAUCAGGUGUGUUGGAGCAGGGAAACGAACGCUAAUGUUCAGGACGGGGUUGUCCAGGACCAGGAUUGGGAACAGUGCAGGUUUAAAAAAAACAAUCUUUAGGAAAUGUCACAUGUUUUUCAGUGAUAAAUGUAAGGUUUCUAUUUUUUGCCCUUCCUGUGGUCUGUGAUAUCAAACCUUGGGUUCUUGGAGCUGCUCUUUCUCUCCACCUGCGCUUUUAUUUUACUGUAAAUAGUUUGUUCACUUAAAUAAAUGAUUUUCUAAGACGA